AUGCCGGCCAUGCUCGAGGAUCCCACCGCGCCAGCGAUCUACCGCGUCUCUGGCCAGCAGCCAUUUCCCGACCCAUUUGGCGCCAUUCCACACGACAUCAUCCCUCGACAAGUGACCCUACGAGAUCGAGUCACUACGGCGACAUUAGUCCCUUUCUCCUCGCCGCACCAAGUCCCACCCCACCUUACAGCGUACUUGUGCGAGCUGUUGAACCGAGAGAUCGAGAAGGGCGACACAUAUCCCAUGAUCGAUGGCAUGGCACUAUCCUCCUUUGCAACAUACUGGUUCGCCAACUUUGGCGCCAUCAUGCUCAUGGGACACAUCCAGACGGUUGAAGAGGUGACUCUGUUGGAAGAGCGCGGUGUAGACUGGGCAAAAGAGUGCUUGGGCAGCUUCUACGUGAAGCCAAACUACCCGGGUCGGAGCAGUCACGUAUGCAAUGGCGGCUUCCUGGUCACAGAUGCUGCUCGCAAUCGAGGUGUUGGUCGAUUGAUGGGCGAGAUGUACCUGGAGUGGGCACCGAAGCUGGGCUACACAUACUCCGUCUUCAACCUGGUCUACGAGACGAACGUAGCAUCACUCCGAAUCUGGGAUGCAUUGGGCUUCAAGCGGAUUGGUCGCGUUAAGGGCUGCGGCAACCUGAAGAGCUUUCCAGAUCACUUCAUCGAUGCCAUCAUUUUUGGCAGAGAGCUCGGAGGUGAAGGCGACGAGUACGUGAGCGAGGAACGAUUUGACAAGAUCCGCUUCUAUCUCAAGACCGGCACAUACCCAAACGGCUCAGACCGAGCUGAGAAGUCACGACUCCGGUCGGCAGCGACACAUUACAGACUGAUACCGAACGAAACUGGAGAUGGCGACGACGAUAAGCUGAUGCUCAAGGGCAAAGAGGUCAUCUCGGACCCACACAAGCAGUAUGAGAUUGCUCGGACAGUGCACGCACAGUCACACGGAGGCAUCAACAAGACGACCGCAAGCAUAGCAGAGAAGUACCACUGGGUCCGCAUCAAGGAGACUGUCAGUGCAGCAAUUCGCAAUUGCACAGAAUGCAAGGACACCACUCCCAAACCAACCACGCAGAACUUCACUACCCAGCGUCGCGCAGCUGCAGCACCCGCCUCUGCUUCGCCAGCCAGCAACAGCCGACCCAGACAAACAGUCACAGCCUCGGCGGACUCCGAACCCGACGCGUUAGCAGGCGCCUCGCCGCCACAACACGAGCAGGAACAGCAAACAAUACCCGCCUCAACGAUGAGCAUACAAUACUCCGACAACGUCUCAGAGGUACCACUAGACUACAGCGACAUGCCAGUUGACCCGCAGAUCAUGCAAGGCAUACAGCAGCAUCUCGAUUACGGUCAGCAGGAAAUGUCACUGGAUGGUGAUCACGACUUCAAAGACGCUCAGCAGUAUCCAGAUGACGUGACUACAAGAUUACGGGAGGGGCUUGAGGCUCAGGUAUAUGCCGCUGAUGCUUUGGAUCCUGCGGCGUCGCAGGUCCAUAGGGCGAGGCACCGGUAA